AAUACUGUAAGUCAUAGUAAUAACCAGUUCGGUUCUGCAGUAUUAACCGCUUAAUACUCAAACAUUCAUGUUGACUAAUUCAUCUAUACAUCGACAUUUUUUGAUGUAAACCCAAACAAACAUUUGACAUUCUGACUUCUCGCGUUAGUUUUUUGCUUUGUUCUGAAACGCGAGCUCCGCGUUUCUUAGCAACCACUGUCAACAGAAACGAGGAGUCUCGGUCACUGCACAGUUGAGCUGCAGAGCACGGUGUUGUAUAGUACAACACAACACCUAUUAAGGAUGGGUAAGAAGGUGAAAAAAGAAGCAGAGCCUCCUCCAAAGGAUGUGUUUGAUCCUGUACCUAUUGGAAGCAAAAACCCAGCCACAGUGGUGCUUAUGCUACAUUCUCCAGAACAAGAAGUUUUAGUCAAAGCAUGUGAAGCCAUGUACAAAUUUGCUGAAAAGGGAGACGAAAACAAAGCAACCCUUGUUGAACUUGGAGCUGUGGAGCCGUUGUCCAAGCUGAUAUCGAAUGAAGACAAAGCGGUGCGCAUAAAUGCAGUCAUGGCAUUGGGAGUCAUGGCUUCCCACAAUGAUGUUAAGAAGCUGUUGAAAAAGCUGGAUGUUAUACCAUCCAUUUUAGCAAGACUUGCACCAGCCGAAGACACACUUAUCCAUGAAUUUGCAAGUCUGUGUCUGGCCUACCUGUCUGUUGAAUACACAAGCAAAGUUCAAAUAUUUGAACUCGAUGGGUUAGAUACUCUUAUCCGCCUUCUUUCAAGCCCUGAUCCUGAUGUCAAGAAGAACUCCCUUGAGUGCAUUUACCAACUUGUUCAGGAUUUCCCAAGCCGUGCUGCCAUUCGGGAGCUGAAUGGAAUUCCACCCUUGCUUGAACUGCUCAAGUCUGAAUAUCCUGUUAUCCAGCAGCUAGCGCUGAAAACUUUAGCAACAAUUACCCACGAUGCAGAAACCAGAGUGGCACUCAGAGAGAAUCAGGGAUUUGAACAGCUCAUUGAAAUCCUGGGAAAUAAUGAAUUGAAUGACCUGCAUGUAGAAACACUUGUGGUGGUAUCAAAUUGCAUGGAAGACAUGGACACAGUGCAGCUGAUUCAGCAGACUGGGGGUUUAGACAAACUUCUCCAAUUAGCCGAAACAUCCACCCUUCCAGAGGUCCAAAUGAAUGCAGCUAAAGCCAUAACUAAUACAGCACAGAGCAAUGAAAACAGGAAAAUUCUGCAUGAACAAGAAGUUGAGAAAACCCUGGUAACCCUUUUGAGAGUGGCCCACGACGGACUCAGAACAGCAGCCUGCCAUGCUAUAGCCAUUAUGUGUGAGAACCUGGCAAGCAAGGAUGAAUUCAGGAAGCUUGCAGGAAUUCAGCCCAUUGUUCAGUUGCUAAACAGUGAAAAUGCAGAGGUGAAGAAGGCUGCAGCCUUGGCAUUAUCAAAUCUGACAAAUGCAAAUCACCUUAACGCUAAUGCUGUUAUUGAAGCUGAAGGCACUGAAGCUUUAGUACAACUGCUGACUGAUCAAAUGGUUGGAGCUGUGGCUUAUGCUGCUGAUGUGCUCACAAACAUGUGCACCCAAGAAGCUUUGCGCUCCAGUAUCCUGGCUCAGGGGGCCAUGCAGGCUCUGACAGAAGCACUGUGCUCCACCGACAGUCUUGUAUUAAGCAAAGUGGUGCUGGCAGUGGCAGCAUUAGCUUGUGAUUCAGAUGCAAGAACAGAGCUAAGAAAUGUGGGGGGGUUGGUGCCCCUUGUGAAACUGUUGAAUUCCAAGAAUGAUGAAGUCAGGCGUAAUGCAUGCUGGGCAGUCCUUGUCUGUGCCAGUGAUGAGCCCACAGCCAUAGAAAUGUGCAGAUUAGGGGCUCUGAACAUUCUUCAAGAAAUACAUUUAUCAACAAGUCGCAAAAAUAACUUCAGUGAGGCUGCUCUACAGAGACUGUUUGACAGCAACCUAUCCAUUAAAUACAGUUUUACUGGUUGCUUGUCAUCCAGCAACAAAAUCACCGAUGGGUUUUACGACUAUGGAAAGGUAAAACCAGACCAUAAAAUGAUUACAUUAGAAGAACUGUAUAAACAAAAAGUAAACCAGCAUCGUCCAGUUGUAUUCCUUAAUGCCAAACCACCUGAACCAGCCUUAACGGAACUGCCUCCUGUGGAGAACAAAUCGCCAGACAGUCCCGGUGGCCGCUCUCCAACUCCUAGCAAAAAUAGCAAUAAAGACAAAACUCCAAGCAAAGGAAAAAGUAAAGGCAAAAAAGAAGAAGAAAAAACUAAAGAGGAAGAGGAAAUAAAAAUACCACAAGAAGUGAUAGUUGAAAAGAAGCAAUGGCUUCUUCCAUAUGAUCCCAUAUUUCACAGCCUUAUCACUAAUGUUACCAAGUCAGUGUUGCCUUUACCCAAUACAAAGGAACAGGUGGUGGCCCUGGCAGUGUUUGUUGCGGAGAAAAUGGGUGGACCGGUAGAAAGAGAUAGACUUCAUGAAUUUUUCUGGGAACUUCAUGUCAGUGAGCUCAAAUUUCAAUUGCAAUCCAAUGUCAUCCCAAUUGGACAAAUUAAGAAAGGAACCUUCUACCAUAGAGCUUUACUAUUUAAGGCUCUAGCAGACAGAAUUGGCAUCAACUGCAGUCUGGUUCGAGGAGAGUAUAACAGGGCAUGGAAUGAGGUCUUGUUAGCUGAUGAAGUUCCUAAGGCUCCAGGAAAACUCUUUCCCCCCAAGGCAUAUGCAGUAGAUCUCAUGCACAGCCCUGGACACUUGAUGAAAAAAAAUAGCCCUGAGGCCAUUCAGUAUCAAUGCAUAUAAUGGAUUUCCUAAAGCAAUAAAUGUAUACCUUAAGUAAUUCUUCUAACCAAUUUGCCAAAAGUGUAUAACCAUAACAGAAUUGCAUAUGCAUAAAAGAUGUGGCCAACAUAACUGAUACAGUACCUACAAAAGAGUAUUUGUGGAUUUCUGAUACCUUCAUGUAUAAUUAAUAUAGUGUAAUUAAGUAUUGGCUAUUAAAAGUAUUACCUUUUUAAGUAA